UGCCACAGAGUCCCGCAGAGGAAGGAGUGUGACCGUGUCGUAUGGACAGAGCGAGUGAUUUUGAACAAUACUAUUUCAGGGCUGCUCCCAAUCCCCCGCCACUAGAGAGGGAUGAUCACUGCGCCGUGUGCAACAAAUAUCCCGCUCGACAAUGUACACAGUGCCGUAACUGCAGCUACUGUUCUACAGAGUGCCAGAGCGUCGACUUUGCUUCUCACAAGCUCCUCUGCAAACAGCUUAUCACCCUACGUCCAAGCCCAACUCCCGAACACAAACGAGCAAUAUUCUUUCCCGAAAACGAGAUAAACCCACGCAUAAUAUGGGUCAAAUGCACAGCAGAUUCUAUGGACGAUGUCUACUACGAGUGGGUUGAUGUGUCUCCAUAUCUCGGGAAUCAAAAACCAGGAAAGUUCUACGCUCCUCGGAAUAACUACCAUGUGUCUCUUAUUGCCCGUGACAACCUCCUGAGCGAUGGGUCGUCCAACAACAAAAGCAUUAUAGCAACGGCGGGUCCCUCAAUGGCAUGUCCUUUGUCAUUCCGCGGCCCCAUGGUGGCAAUCAGAGAAGUCGACUACGACACAUAUUGUGAUAUCAGUCUGGCCGAUUUCCGGUGCCGCUCGGAAUACCUUCGCUGCUACGGCAUACCUGCGUCUGCCAUGCCAACUAUCAGUCGAGGUACACAGCCAGAGCCAACCGCGGAGUGAAAAUAAGAAGUCAAGGAGGCAAUAUCCCGCAAAGAUCCGACAUCUUCGUCCCCGUCGAUAUUACCGCUAAUGAUACCCUUUCGCUUUUGCGGGAGAUAGACCCUAUAUGUUUUCAGCUGUGACGUCUUCUGCACCGAAAGUCGCCAUUAUACGUAUCUAGCGGGCUACAUAGGGAAAACAUUGAUAAUAGACCCUCAAAAUAUUGGCCUUGACUGAUAUAAUCCUUUUCCUAUUCAGCGUUGUAUACUGUGCAGUGGAUCAGGAUGUCGUGACAACGGGUCCGCCCGCUGCGGGUCAUGCACGGCCCGAUUGAACGCACUCAUCUCUGUCUAUAUGAAAUCUAAUUACCUGACCAUCCAGGAAACAUAGAGGAGCUUACAAGCCGAAUCGGG